ACUGGGCACAAAUGUGACCAAAAUUUAAGUUAUUAAUGGUGACUUCAUUGUUUUCUCUGGGCUGCAAACGAAUAAUAACUGCACUGUAGGUCCUGGAUGGAAAAGCACAGGUGCAACUCAUAACAUCAGUAAUGACUGCUAUUUGAGGCAGUGCCAGUGCUCUGGUAUAGUACAACAGUUUUAUUUGUCACACCUGUGCCUUGCCUGUAACAAGUCAACAUGGAAGUUGUUGUCUAUUUAACCUAGUUGAAUUAAACAUUUUACUUUGAGGGAUGCAUGAUCCCAACUAUGACAUAACCACAAGCUAAUGUAUGUUAAAAUACACACUUUUAUGUUGCUAGAGCUUAUGCAUAGCAACAGUGAAUAUUCUAAAUCAAAUCAGAUGCCUUCACACAUGAACAAAACUUGCUUCUUAAUGCACAUACAGUAUGUCUCUGGUCAUGUGCACCAGCUGCUGGGAUUUUACUGUAGUUUUCCUUUAAAAACAGCAGAUGGCACACUGACCAUCUGGCCUUCUGAUCUGGAUCUGGUUUAUUAAGAAGGAGGGCCCUCUUCUAAGGAAAAUCAUUAGAAAUCUUUCACCAGAUCUGUUUGUUGGUGGUCUCAAACAUUUGCACAACACGUUUACGUUCCGAGUGAAAAACCGGAGAGGUCCAUUACUGGUGCAAAGCAGUGCGGAGAAACCUGAUCGCCCGGCAGAGUUCUGCAGGAUUUCGUACCCGUGUGCAAUAUUUUUCCAGCAAGUUUAGAAACUGUUUAACUAUAUGCACUUUUUAAUUUUAAAUCUGCUAAUUAGUGUGCGCAGCCGCUUGUGUUUGCAGUGAGAGGAAGGUGACUUGUUGCAGGAUUUCUUACUGUUCUGUCCGCUGCCGAUCAGCCAUUGUGAACGUCGGAAAGGGGCAAGGACUAGUUCAUUUGCCCGCUGGCUACACUGUUUUCUGUCUGCAUGAGGAAACUGCUGUGUGAACACUUGGAUGAGCCAUGAGGCUGAUGUCCCUGGGUAAAUCGGACUGCCUGCAACCAGGAAUGGAUUAGUAUCAUCUUGAUUUUCGGAGGGUUUGUAAAUGCGCCUUUACUGUAGUUGCGUAUUAAACUUUUUCGGGGUUUCUGAUCUGCCGCCUCCAAAAAUGAGCAGAUAGCUCACUUGUUGCGGAGCUGGUGAUUUAAAUGUAAGAGGAGAAGGAAAGAAGAAAACCGUCCAGCACUUUGUCCUGUAUCCCUGCCUGCUGGAGGAAGCUGCACGGCUGUUUUUCUUCAUCACUCCACAACUCUGUGUCCAUCUGGAGACCACAGGCUGUAGAUGAUGAAGAAGAUGGCAUCCCAACAAGCCUGGACACAAAUCAUAAUCACAUCAGCCUCUUUAUUCUCCCUGAUGCUGUGCAGCACUGUGGCAGAUGUCCCAGAAGAAGAAGGCUUCAGUGCAGAGACGUGGCUCCGUACGUUUGGCUACCUGUCCCAGGCGAGCAGGCAGAUGUCCACCAUGCAGUCGGCUCAGAUUCUGUCCAAAGCCAUCAGUGACAUGCAGCGUUUCUAUGGCCUGGAGGUGACCGGUGAGAUGGACCCUGCCACUGUUGCGGCCAUGCGUCGACCUCGCUGCGGCCUCCCAGACAGAAAAGCAGAGGAGAUAGACGAUGGAGCGAGGAAGAAACGCUAUGCUCUCACUGGACAGCAGUGGGACAAGGACCACAUCACCUACAGUAUAAUGAACCAGUACAUCCCCUCCUCGCUGGGAGAGGAGAGGACUUAUGAUGCUAUCCGCAAGGCCUUCGAUGUGUGGAAACGAGUCACACCGCUCACCUUUGAGGAGUUACCUGCUCUACGCAGCAUCAGCAACAGCAGCCAGGCAGGGCUCGCUGACAUCCUGUUGUUGUUUGCCUCUGGUUACCAUGGUGAUAUGUCCUUGUUUGAUGGCGAGGGGGGAUCGCUGGCCCACGCCUACUACCCCGGGCCAGGAAUAGGAGGGGAUACACACUUUGAUGCAGAUGAGCCUUGGACACUGGACAACCAAAACCCACAAGGUAUAGAUCUCUUCCUGGUUGCAGUUCAUGAGCUUGGCCAUGCUUUGGGUCUGGAGCACUCAGACAACCCCAGUGCCAUAAUGGCUCCUUUCUACCAGUGGAUUCACACACAUAACUUCACACUGCAUGAAGAUGACAUCAAGGGAAUACAGUACAUGUAUGGUCCACCUCUCGUCACUGAUGAUCCACCCACUUCUCCUCCCACCCUUGAUGACGAUCCCGACGAUGAACCCCCCACCUCCUCCUCUCCUCUGGAUGAUGAGCCCACCUCCUCUUCUCCCACGGACACCCCGCCUGAAUCACCGAACCCGACUGAUGAUAGCCCGGAUCCCCCAGCUUGGCCAGUACCUACCUCGCCUCCCGUCCUCCCCACCUCCACCCCCACCAAUUCCCAGCCUGAGCCAGACCCUGUUACGCCGCCCGUUAGAAAAGAUGUCCCCCCUCCUCCACCACCACCCCGGCCCCCUGCUCCUCCCCGGCCUCCCAAGCAGCCGGACAACCAGGCCCCCAACAUCUGUGACGGGGACUUUGACACGGUGACCAUGCUGAGGGGGGAGAUGUUUGUUUUCAAGGGUCGCUGGUUCUGGCGGGUGCGCAGGAACCGGGUCCUGGAUAACUAUCCCAUGCCAAUAUCUGUCUUCUGGAUUGGUCUGCCCAGUGACAUCGACGCAGCAUACGAACGCCACGAUGGCAAAUUUGUCUUCUUUAAAGAUGAUAGAUACUGGGUGUUCAGGGAGGCUGAUGUGCUGCCAGGAUACCCACAGCCCUUACACGAGUAUGGACAAGGAGUUCCUGCACACAGCAUCGACACAGCAAUCUGGUGGGAGCCCAACGGAUUCACAUACUUUUUCACCGGAGACAGGUACUGGCGAUACAAUGAGGAGACAGGGACUACAGACCCAGACUUCCCCAAACCAAUCAACAGAUGGGGCAGAAUCCCUCCCUCACCCAGAGGAGCCUUCCUCAGUGAUGAUGGCGCUUACACAUACUUCUACAAAGGCAGCAAUUACUGGAGAUUUGACAACCUCAAGACGGAAGCAGAAAAAGGCUACCCUCGCUCCAUCCUGAAGGAUUUCAUGGGCUGUGUGGGGGUCCCUGACCCUUCGCCCGACACAGACUCUGAGGAGGAACCAGAAGACAAACCUGUCAACCCCUCAGACAGAGGCAAAGACAAGCACAAAGAGCCGGACAGGGGCCGGGACAAAGAACUGGAGGAAGACAAAGACUCAAAGCCUGACAGCUCAGAGGAAGAGGACGACAAAGAGGUGAACGUGGUGGUGACAGUGGCCGACAACGAAUCAAAGGUCAUGACCCUGAUCAUGGUGGCUGUUCCACUGGUGCUCAUCCUGUGCAUCCUCAUCCUAGUCUAUGCUAUCCUCAGGACUGUGCAGAACAAAGAGACGCCGAGGGCCUUGGUGCACUGCAAGCGGUCGUUGCAGGACUGGGUGUGAAGAGUUAGAACUGAUGGAAGCGGUAUUUAUCAUUUAUCCGGUGCAGUCGCUGGCAUUAAAAUACGACUCAUGGCAGUGGUGGAAAGAAAGCUUCAACACAGUACUUAGUCUCAGAAAGCCGAUGAGGAGUUACCUCACCAUUUUGGGCCCCUUGCUUCAUUGUGAGAAACUUUUAUAGCUUGAUGUGAAAUAAUGCAGGAGUUGUUAAGGUUGGAGCUGCGGUGCGUUUCUCCCUGCUGGCCUCAAUUUCAGUCCUGACACAAGUUUUUCUCCUGUGCCUUCCAAAUGUCUGAAAAAGUACCCCUAUGUCAUAAAAAUCACAUUUAUUUCCAUCACACCAUUGCAAAAAAACGGUGUGUCAGCCACUUUAGGUGUACUGUAAAAGACACAUGACACAUUAGGAAUGGCCGUUUCUAUCAAUUCUAAUAGUGCAGAUGAAGGACAGGAUGGUUUAUUUGUAGUGUCAAUGCAGACGAAGUCAAUAAAGCACAUACAUUAUAUAGAAGCAAACAUACUGUACAAUACAUACACACGAACAUGAUUGCUUAUAGCCAUAGACAAGUCUUCCAUAUGUUUGACCAACCUUUACAUAUUUCUUUCUGUUUAUAACAGAGAAUUUGCACUUUUAAUGUUCCUUACUCUGUUUUUUUUGUUUUUUUUGUUGUUCGUUUUGCUGAGGUUGCUCCACUGCAGACAUGUGCGUGAUUAUUAAACACACAGACACUAGCAGGGGAAGCUCGUCCUCCGACCAGCGAAGGAAUGUCAGACAGCUGUGUGCGUCCAUGACCGCUCGUCUCCCACUGAGCCCAUUAUGUCUGCCUUCUCUCAUACACACAUGCACCAACACAUGUCACAUGAUCUCAACCCCCCCCCCCCCGACUGCGCUCACUUGUGCAUGCAUGUCCACAUAUGCACACACACACACAUAAGAGACCACUUACUUAAACAAAGGCACAUAUAGAGUUUUUGCACACAGACAUGAGGGCUCCAGCCUCCCCUCCUCCCACAACAGCCACAAUAACUGUUCAGACUGCACCACUAAAAACACAACCCCAGCGGAGGCAUGUUGAUAUACGACUGGUGCCAGCGCCGGGAUGAAAUACAAGAGGGAAGUUUUAUUCACUUUUAACGAGAAGAAUUGAGAAAUAUUACUUUUUUUUUUCUUUUUUUUUUUUUUUUUUUUUAACAAAUUGUAAAAAGUCAGUCUGUGAAGAGUAAAAACAAGCAGUAUGUGUCUUUCUCUGCCUCACUGUAUCCCCUUUUUUCAUACUAAAGCUAAAUAGAGUCAAAUAUAAUUAAGUGUACAAGGGAGAAGCCUGCAGGCUAGAGAAGAAUGGGGUCGAGGUCUGGUUUCCAUUAAGCCCACAUGUUGCUGAUUUAGUAGUGUCAGGCAUGAGGAAGGGGGGGGGGGGGCAGAAAAAUGUAAAAGAAGGAGGAGGAAUGAACGUGGUGGUGGAGAGUGAGGAGAAGGAGGAAAUGAGAAAGAGAAUGAGAUGAGGAGGGAAAGAAAGAAACUCAGAUUGAGGAGGGGAUAGGGAGGCCUCUGCCAGCAUUUCCUCUGCAUUAUUCUUUGGAAAAGGAGGAGCGAGGGGGAAAGCAGGGGGAGAACAGCGCUGGCGUUGUGCCUCCUGACCUAGAUCGGCCAAAGUCCGCUCCUUCUUUUUCAACUUGUCUUGUUUUCACUCUGCUCGUUGUUGUGAGCUGAAGAUGACUUCCUCUGCAACCCCCUCCUCCCUUCCUCUUCUAUCUUUCUGGCCACUCCCUCUUUUCCUUUAGUUUUUCCAUUCUCAGUCUUGUCUCUUUUUUUUUUUUUGUUUCCUUGCUGUACCUAACCCCCCUUCUGUGUUCUCAUAUGUAUUAAUCUUCUUCUCACCUCUUCUGGAAAGUAAGCUCAAACAUUUUACAGAUAAUUAAUGCACAUCCUUCACAUUUGCAGGAUGUGAUGUGUGUUUCUCCUCCCACUAUCUAUAUGUCUGUCUGUCUUUACCUCACUUGUCUUAGUGUAAAGCAAUAAUUCACAUUCUACCACCAGUAACCUUUGCUUUAUGUCGGUGCCUUUACAUUUCGCUUACUUUGCCUAUCGUAUGUUUCAUUGUGCCUUUUUUCUGUGAAUAUCGGGGGGCAUUUUUUUGUACUACAAAUAGCAUGAGGGAAAGUCUUUUUUAAAUGCUUUUCUUCCCUUUUUUAUUCUACUUAUCAUUUGUAGUUUUGUACAUUUUGUUUCUGUUCUGGAUUUUGAGGAGAACAGCAGUAGAUUAUUACGACAAUGUUGAUGCAUGCAGGGCAUGUUCUGUAAGGCCUGUGCACUCCUGUGUAGAGUACGUUAAAGAUUUCACAAUAAACUCACAGGUUAAAGCAACAUAUGUCUUCUUG